ACGCCGCCCAUUCUUCCCCUCGCUACCCCAUUCUUUCGUUGCUUGCUCGCCGGCGACGCCGUGACGCCGCGCCGCCUCGAUCCCUUCCUCCCUCCCCACGCCCCACGUCGCCUUGCCCCUCCCUCCCCACCUCCGCCCACGCCGGUGCCACCUUCUUCCCCCAUGCCUCGUUUGAAGCUUCGAAUUUUGCCCGAAGGUUGGAUUUUUGCGCGGCGGCCUAGCGAGGCGUCCAACCCCGAGGACCACUGGCCAUGGCGGCCGCCGUCCAUGUCUACCUCCUCCGUCAGCCUCCUCCUCGAGUGCCCCCUCUCCGUCUGCCGCCUCGUCAACCCGGCCUCUUCUCCUGCCAUGGCGCUCCCCCCUCCCGCCUUCCAGUCUCCGCUCCUCCCUCCCCGUCGGCACCUGCCAACUACCCGGCGACCCCUACUGGCCCCCUCGUCCGACCACCUGCUCGCCGUCAACCAUGAAGCCCGCCCCCUCCAUGGACGUCAUCGACCCAAGCACUGGGAAGCACGGGUGGUCAAGGUGAAGGAGCUCACCGUCGAGCUCGCCGGAGCACUACGCGCUCAAGGCGUCCACAACACCUCCACGUGCUCAAGUUCAGAUCUCACCGGAGCUUCAGAUCCAGAUGAAGGCUCAAUGCUGCAUUGCUGACUGGCACAUCAGGGGCAAGCAGCAGACCAGAAAAUUACAAAUGAUUUCUUCGCGGAGCGGAAGAUUGGUGGAGGUCCAUUCGGAAACGUUUAUAAGAUGAUGGCAGAGUGAUUGCGGUGAAGAAACUUCAGGAAAAUGCACCGAUGUCGCCUGACAAGACAUUCAACAAUGAGGAACAGAGGCGAAGUACCAGAGGCGUCGCGUGUCGUGGUCGGGGGCGGGGAAAAAAAGAAGUUACUUCACCUUACCUUCACUUCACCAAACAGCGAGAGGAGGGUGCCCAAUGGCCCUGAUCCUAUCCACAACAGUGCAAUUGGCACUGCACCUGCAGCCAACAGCAGCAGCAGAGGUAAUCAGCAGUCGAGGUGGUCGAGGGCAGAGGCAAUCAGCAGAAGCAAUCAGCAGAGGCAAUCAGCAGUCGAGGGCAGGCGGCAGUGGCAUCAGCAGGUCUACGUGGUUGUCUCGCCGCCGGGGAAGAUCCGCCUUGCCCUGCCUGCCGAAUUCUUCAAGAGGCACAAGAGGGGAGCGGCGACCGGGGUUGGCAGCGGCGGCUGGGGUUGCCGCGGGGGGUGAGGAACCGGCGAGCAGGGCACAAGCAGGGCCAGGGACGCGAGCAGGGCUGCGAGGAGGAGGCGCCCGUCGAGGUGGUCGCCUUCGAGGAGCAGCCUCAGCUGGGCGGCAGGGCAGCUCGCCUCCGUGCAGGCGGCCCACGUUCGCAGCGGCGGAGCAACCGCAGGUGGGCGACGGCGCAGGUGGUCGCCCGCUCUUUCUACGGCGGCUGCCGGCGGUGGCUACGACGGCCGCUUGGUCGAAGGAGGAAGAAGCAUAGGUGAGGGGGGAUUAGCACUAGAUUUAAAACCGGAAGGAGUUUUCUGUAAAAUUUGAAAUGAACUAAGCUCUGGACAACUUUUUUCGGACGGAGGGAGUACUGGUUAUGAUCCUAGUGUUACAUUACAGCAGAGCUAGCCCAGCGAGAGUACAGUUCCUCAAGAGACUGGGACUGGUCAAGGAGUGAUAGAGAUACUGAUGGUAAUUUUGUUUUACACAAGAUCAUGCACAGAACAAAUACUA